CGUUUUCUCUGGUACCUAAUAAGCAUAUAUCCUUUGGGGACAUACCUGAAACUUGUAUCCAGAAGGAGUGAAUGGGGUAGCUUUCUUGCCACCUUUAGAAAGUCCAUUUGAUUAUUUUCUCUUGGACAGGACAGGCAGUGAGAUGAGCUGCGUCAAGCAAGCACUGCCAGUGCCAGCAGCAGAUAUAAGCAGAAGGCAGGUGAUGCGAAUGGCCGUCCGUCCAUGGCGUUGCCCAUUGAGCAUUCCUCAAGGCCGACCCUGGGGUUUCCCUUGGGGACGGCCCUCUUGCUCCUCGUGAUCUUUGCCCUGAGUGGCAUGUUCUCGUGCUGCUACCACUGGGACAAGCUCCGCUCCCUCCUCCGGUCUCGGCAUCCAGGCAUGUUCCAGGAGGGCACCUCCGUCGCGUCCUCGCCGAGCAAGACGACCUGUGAUCACAAGCUGGACAGAGCGUGUGGUUUGCCCGUUAUCAUGCCUGGGGACAAGGUCCCCAGGUUCUUCGCGAGGCCCUGCCCUCACGAGACGUCUUUGUGUUUGCCCCAAGCUGCAGAGAAGACGGCUGGAGUUCCGUCGGAGACCAGAUCAUGCAUGAGCCGUCCGUCAGUAUCUGUAUAAACACCUGCAUGACGCAGUUAGCUGUUACGGUGACCGACUGUGUGUGUAUAUCAUAUGCUUUUGGUAAUACAAUACAAAGUGUGCAAACAUUCCACUUGUGAUAUAUACUAUAUACAAGAUUUAGACAGUGUUAGGACUUAUUCGUUUUGUUCUCAAUCUAUGUGUAAUAGAUGAGAUUGAGUGAGUUUAAAUUCUAAA